AUGGUGGACUGGGGUUCAGGGAUUUGGAAGGCUUUAAUACAACUUUGCUCGGAAAGCAGCUUUGGCGCCUAUAUCAGAGGGAAGACUCUCUCAUUGCACGCAUCCUCCAAGCAAAAUAUCACAGGAAUCCCAACUUACUCGACGCAAGGGUGGGGCACAGCCCUAGCUUCAUAUGGAGAAGUCUCCUUAGCUCGCAGGAAUUCCUAA